AUGACUCGUAUUGCUCUAGUAACUGGUGCUGCUCGAGGAAUGGGGCGAGCAAUUGCUCUUCGUCUUGCAAGAGAUGGACUUAAUGUAGCUGUUAAUGAUAUCAAUGAAAAUUCUGUUGGACUUCAUGAUACUCGAAAAGAAAUAGAAAAAUUCGGUCGAAAAUCUUUGGCAAUUAUUGCGGAUGUUGCGAAUGAGAAAGAAGUUGAAAUAAUGAUCAAGAAUACUGCAAAAGAAUUAGGAAGUUUAAAUGUUAUGGUGGCGAAUGCUGGAAUUUGUCCAGUAAAACCUCUAAUUGAAUUGUCUGCUGAUGACUGGGAUAAAGUAAUGGGUGUUAAUUUACGUGGUGUUUUUCUUUGUUAUAAAGAAGCUGCAAAAGUAAUGAUUGCUCAAGGUAAUGGAGGUAAAAUUAUUGGUGCUUGUAGUGUAGCUGGUUACAUGGCAGCACCACUGGCAACUCAUUAUUGUGCUAGUAAAUGGGGUGUUCGUGGCUUAACUCAAUCUGCUGCUGUAGAACUAGCUCCAUACAAGAUCACCGUUAAUGCUUAUUGUCCUGGAGUUGUUGAUACUCAGAUGGUCAAUUCAUGUAGUGAACAAUUUGCAGCACAUAACAAAGUGUCAAAAGAAGAUAUCUACAAUAGUUUUUUACAAAAGAUUCCUCUUGGACGCUUGGCUAAACCUGAUGAUAUAGCAAAUUUCGUCUCUUACCUUGCUAGUGAAAAUUCGAACUAUAUAACUGGACAAAGUAUUAUAGUUGAUGGAGGAUUUUCAUUAUCUUAA